GCAGCAUGCGUUAUUUCCCGAACAAUACAACCGCGUCAUUCACUACGGAAUUACCGCAAACUCUACACUUGCACGGCGAAUGGGAAGUCGCGCUCAGCGAGAUUCAAUUUCCCGCUACUUUUUUGCACAUAAAUCACGGCGAAAAUAUCAUCAGUUUCGUCGAUAUUAAAAAAGAUCGAGCGCUAAAGAAGGACGCGCCGUACUCGUCGACGGAGGGCGUAAUACCGAAUGGUAUUUACAAAAAUAUCGACGAACUUAUCGCCGUGAUCAAUAAGGAGUUUAAAAAUGUCGAUUCGCAUUUUUAUUUGGAAAACACCCCCGGCGGUAAAAUCUACUUUAGCGUUAUCUGCGGGGACGAGUGCGAGCUGAUUCAUCAUAUGAGCGUUUCCGAUAAUCUUCUACAAAUACUCGACGUCGGGUAUGUCGUGACGAACGCAGAGGGCCUUAACCAUACCACGCUCACGGCAACUAAACCCAAUUCCAAAGAAACUUUUACAGCGCAUUUUAUCAAACUCGGUUUUAAAACCGCGCAAGGCGCUCGUUAUACUAAUUUCUUUUCUCGCGAGCCUCAUGGUUUGUCGCGCGGAAUCCCCGAUAAACUCUUCGUUUAUUGCGAUAUUUGCGAGCCUUAUAUAACGGGAGAUGUGCAAACUCCCCUUCUCCGAAUAGUACCGCUCGAGUUGCAUGAUCACAGUCAUUAUUACACCUACGCGGCGAAUCAAGUGGUACAUUUCGCCGUCCCGGAUUAUAUUCCAUUACGACAAACGAAUUUCCGCAGAAUUGAAAUAGAUAUAAUGGAUCAACUUGGAAAAAGAUUUCCAUUCCAAUCCGGAACGCUGACGGUGACAUUACACUUUAGACGUUUCCAGUAACAGCAUCCCCCGCA